UCGAUCGGAGCAGGAAACGGAGCAUCAAACGGAGCGGCAGGGGUUGUCGCGGUACAGCCAGAUUGGGCAUCUCUUCCAGUGCCUGAGUGGCCCCCCUCUCCUCCGCCCUCGACUACAUCGCUGCGUCGGGGUUUUAUGUGCUCGCGUGGCCACAAGUCUGGUCUCAUUUGCUCGCUCCACUCCUCGCGAACCCUCACCCUUCAUUCUCUUACUCUUUUCUCUUCUUCGCUUUCUUCCUAUACCCGCCGCCAUGGCUUCCCUUGCUGCCGUUGCCGCCGCUGCUGCUACCUCCGUGGCCUUGCCUAGGAGCUUCUCUUUCUCCGGCCUCCGCCCCACCCGCGCCGUGUCUUCCAUUGUCGCCUUCCCCCGCUUCGCCGUCGUUUCCAGCCACUCCCGCAUGGUGCCCUGCAUCCGUGCCGAUGCUGCUGCCGGAAAGGGAGAGGACGCUCCCGUGACGGAUGCUGCCGGAGAGGAUACCUUCACUAUCAUUCAGAAGAUCAUUGCCUCGCAGCUGGACUGCGAGAAAUCUGACAUCACUCCCGACUCCAAGUUUGUUGAUCUCGGUGCUGACUCGUUGGACACUGUGGAGAUCAUGAUGGCCCUUGAGGAGAAGUUCGACAUUCAACUUGAGCAGGAGAAUGCUGACAAGAUCGUGACGGUUGGCAAUGCUACUGAUCUUAUCUUGGAGGUACUCGCUAAUCAGUAGAGGACCUUAGAAUUCUGUACUCCAUUGUCUGGCGGACAAGCUUUUCGAUAGCAAAUCCGGCGGCAUCUCUAUCUUUCGGCGGCAGAUUAUUUAGGAUGAGAUGUAGGUUUGUGACGUUUGGGUUGUUUUUCAUGUGUAGUUGCUCACCACAAUGUAGCCUACUACAUUUAUUGUUAACAUUUUUAAAGAAUUAGUUCAAAGCAUAUAUGGGUCGUCUUUCGGUUUCUUUGUAUGGCCAUGGCGGAGAGUGCUUAAUACUUGCCGAAUGCGUGUUACGUUACGAUGUUGAAGUGUUAACUGUGAUAUCAAUAGAAUUUCAGUAUUAAAUCUAA